ACCGAUUGUAGAUUUCGCGCUAGGAGCAGAGACCAGCCUUUUCCUUGAUGCUGAAGGGGAUUUCACACUCUCACAAGAAGGCACUGGUUGAGAACGGAAAUAGCUGGGAAUUAAGGCUAUAAAGCAACAUUUUUGGCUUGCGAUGAGUUGAUGAAGGAAGGGCUUGGCUGGGGGCGCCGGAAGUUCACCGGAAUGGGCACCGCAGCAGCGCUGGCGAGGUUUUUUGUUUUGCUCAUUCAACUGUUCCGCCAGUCUGCCUACCCGCGCUCUCCAGGAACAUGGCGCGACGCGUAUGGUACCAUGCGUUACAUGGCGCUGUUUUUGCCGUCGAUUUUGACGUCAACGAGCUUCAUGGCAGCGCUAGCGGAGGUGGAGCUAGGUUCAGCGCUGCGAAUCAGCAUCCACCACAUGACCGUCGCCACGCCAUGCUUCGCGCAACUCUUGCUUGCAGUACUGCAGCCUGGAACCUCGCGGGGCCCUGAAUGGUGGCUGGUUCCUUUCGCAUCCGCCUUGCUGGCGGUAACGAACCAGGAUCCGACCCACAUCACCGCCAUCCAUGCCUCUGUGCUCUACACCCUCAGCCUAGCAACCACCGCCAUCGACUUUGCACAGCAGGCAGGGCAAGCUCCGGUCGUGCCGGGCUCAAGCGCCCUGCCGGGGAACCUAGUUGCGCAGCUCAUUCACCGGGCGCUGCUGCUGGCCCUCAUGCACGCGCUGCUGGCGGUGUCCGGACCCGCAGCAGACGCCUUGAGGCGGCUACCGGUAUGGCCUAACAGGAAACUGCGUGGUGAGGAGUCGCAGGAGGGGGGAAUCGAGCUGGCGAAACACGAACACGAUGAGCACGAGCAGCAGCACCAGCAGCAGGAGGAGCAGGGCCAACAUUCUAAGGACCAGCAGCAGGAGCGGUUGUGGCAACUGAGCUUGGGCUGGCCGGGACGCGGAUGGGCAGAGCGCUGGCAGGUGGUUGCAAUCCGUCUCCUAGAUGCGGGUCUGCUUGUUGGGUGCUUUUUCACAGCACCCGACUGUGGUUCCAGCGGGACAGGAAUGAUGGGGGUGGGCGCAGCAGCAGCAGCAGCGCCGGGGUUGCCGGUUCAGGCGGUUGAGGCCAGGGUGGUGCUGUCGGCUCUGCGUUGCCUGGGCGCCCUGCUGGUCAUGUCCUGGGGCGCGACGGCGAUGGUAUUGAACGCCAUCUGGGUCUUGUGGCCUCGGAGCGCGCGGCCGGACUACGCAUGCUUGGUGAACAGCAUGGCAAGCUGGAUCAGCUUCCUCACGCGAAUCUCUCUCACCGUCCUGCUGCCGGGCAGUGGGGCACCUGCAGCGCCUGCGCCAUGCAGCAACAGCAGCAGUGCCGUCGUCGUUGGCGUCGGCGGCAGCGGCAACGAGAGCUAUGUAAGGAGCUCGGCGGUAGUGGCAGCGGCCACGCUUCUGACCCUGAACCUCAUGGCUAGCAGUCUACCCCCUGGAUGGCUUGGCUCCCAGCUAGCAAUUGCCGCCGGUGCUGCGUUCUGUAUGCACUUGCUGUUAGAGUCAUCAUCGUCGUCAGUAGCGGCGGUGACUAUGUUCUACGGAAGCUUGUGGCUCGUAGCUGUUGCGCUGUCGCGUCUCCUGACGCGCUCCGUGAACCGUCAGGAGGGCUCAAGGGCGACGCGGACGCCACCAGUGACCCAUGGGUCUCACGUGCCACAAACGGCACCUGAGGCAGCUGCUUCAGCUGCUGCUGCUGCUGGUGCUGCUGCUGCCGCCGCCGCGGUAGCAGCUGUGGCUGCCUCGCUGUCCUCUAUGGACGAGUCCGAAGCCCAGGCGGUGUUCGGCCCUGAUGCCUCCGCCAGCUGCGUGCAUCGCUUGCCGCCGCUGGUGCUGGCGCAGGCCCUUGCAAGGAGCUCUCUCCGUCGGCGAGAGGUGUCAGGCCGUGAGGAGGGCUUCGGAGCUGCAUCCUCGGCCUUGUUCUGCAGCGGAAGUGAGCUGGCGGCUGCCGGCUCGGCGGGUUCUCGCACUUUGUCGCGGCUAGGCAGUACGGCGGCGGGUAUUGUUGGCAUUGCUAGCAUGUUGUCAUCCGACGUAAGCGACCCGCGCGGUGAUGCGCACAUUGGCGCUGCGAACGUCAUCAACAGCAGCGAUGUGUCGCCGCAUGUGGUUGCGGAGUCAUGUGGCGUGGUCGGCGCACCCGUCCUGUCGCUGGCGCCGGGGCGUUCGCUGCUGCGGCGGUCUUCAAUCGACACAGCCUUUCGACAACCCGUACCUCACGAACGCCGUGCUUCGCUGGACGUUCGACUCGAUCCGUCUCGCCUACGCCCAAGCUUUCGAUCCGUACAUCGGGCGGACGCGGCCGUCGCGGAGCUUGUCUCGGCUCCGACUUUAUCUCCACGGCUGGCUGGCGGAGGGAGCAGCGCUGCUGGAAGCGGUGAUGGCACCAGUACCAUUGGAAGUCCCUUCCUGCCGCCGCCGCCGCCGCCACUGACGGCGACGGCGACGGCGGCGUCACGUCUGCCGCCGUUAGCUGGCGGCGCGACGCGUACGGCACCGUACGACAGGACAAGCGGCAUCGUAACGCCGCGAGAGUUACAACCGUCAAUGCGUCGAGCGGCGUCUGAAGCCGCUGGUGGUCUGACGGCUGCCGGCGUAUUGCUUUCAGGCGGAUCGAUAUCAGCAACGACACCCGUCGCCGGAAGUGUUGCAGGCAUCUCCGUCCGAGGCUCAGUUGCGGCUGCGGCUGCGGCACCCCAUCAUGCUGCGCAGCGCACGGCGUCCGUACCACCCCCAGCGCUCACGGCUCGGAAGCCCAUCCCGCCGACAGAGCCGGCGGUGCAGCCGCCGCAGUCGUCGUCCAUGGUUCCAGACGCAACUGCCGUCGUCACCUCCGCCUCCGCCACCCCCGCCGCCGGAACCACGACGACGACGGCAACCAGUAUCAACGCGCCCGGCAACGUCAACGACGCCACGUCGGUGCUGUCGUCAACCCUCCUCGACGCAGAUACGUACGACAGAUUGCUAUCCUCCGUUUCGUCGCCCUUUGUCAUCGGGGCCAACCCGGGAGCUCGUGGGGGCGCCUCCGCCGCCAACACAGGCUCUCUGCCGCCGCCGUUGAGUACGGCAGCCUCCAUGACGGUUGCGCGGCGAUCUGUGCACGGGCUCCAACUGAAUUCCUCGGGGCUGUCAGAGUCGUCGUACUCGCCGUACAACACGGAAACGGUUGGCGCUACCGUUGCGACGGCGGCGGCGACGGUGGCGGCGGGAAUGGCGCCGCCGUCGUGCAAUGGCGGUGGCGGAGCUGGCGCAAGCCGACUGGGCGCCGCGGUUAACGCCGCGGCAGCGGCGGUAGCGGCGGCUCCGUCACUGUUGAGUGGCGGCGUGACUGCCGUACCGUUGGCUUCUCAACCCGUUACGGCAUUGACGGGGCCGGCGGCGGCGCCUGUCGUACGAGUCACGCCCCACGAUCAGGGCGGGGAGGCGGCGGCGGGGUUCAGCCUGAGCGCUGGAUUAAAGGAGAUCAUGCUGCAGGCGUCAGGCGGCAGUGGCGCCGCCGGACGUCGCGUCGUUGAGAUGCGCGACGGGGCGGUUGCGUCACUGGAGCGCCUCCCCAAUGAACGCCAAUCUGAGAACUUGCGGCAAGUGAUUGUAUUGGCUGACGGACGACAGGUCUUCCGUUCCGAGGCCCUCGCUGCCGUCGCCAGCUCAUCUCCACCCAACGAUCUGAUCGCCGCCUCCGCCCAACGAGACACACAUGAAACAGUGACAGCCCAAUCAGAGCGACUGCCCGUGCACAGCAGCAGCCUCCCACAGCAUGUCAGCACAGUGUCGCGACUCCCGGCCUCUCCAUCCGCUUCGCCAUUGCGACCGCGGCACAGACUCUUGCAACAGCCUCCUCACUCACCCCGCCCGUACGAUCUAAGACCCCACCAGCAGCAGCAGCAGCCACUGACCCGCGGGUCAUUGCUGGAAGCGACGUCCGCGGCGCGUGUUUACGCCGCAGGGGAGGUGUCUCUAGGCCCUCAAACAGCCAAUGCGACAGGGCUGGAAAGGCGAUCAAGGCAGGAUGCGAGCCCUUUCUCUGGACCCGCCGCCGCAGCUGCCGUUGCCGCUUCUUUUGGGACCACCCCCAACGCGUCUCGUGCUUUCGGUGGCACUGCAAGACGCGGUCCACACCAGCAGCGGCGGGCUUCCCUAGAUGCGCCCUCUCUGUCAGUCCGCUAUCCCUCUAGAGGAGCGGCGUCUGCCGCAGACGUUGCAUGCGGCAAUGCAGGCAGUUGGACCGGGGAUAGUUGGCGGUCGCCGAGCAACCUGCAUGCAGCCAUGCCGUACAGUGACAGCGAUGCGGUUGGUUUCGGAGCUGGCAGCCCGCAAAGCUCAAUGCCCAGUCCCGUUUCUGCAUCUCGAGGGCGGGGUACCGCCCCUGGGGGCUCUACCUGGCCCUACUCGAGUACGUCCUAUUCAGGUGGGGCUUACAGCAGCGCCAUCAGCAAUGGUGGCUUCACCGUCGUUUCGGGUACCAGCAGCGCCACCUAUGCCACCGCCGAUACCGGCGGCCUUUCCGUUGCAGCAGCUGGCGUGGGCGUCGGUGCCGUUGCGGGCAGUGCCGGCGGCGGCGGUGGUGGCAACAUGACCAAUCGUGGUGGUGGCAACGUGUUAGCUCCGUACAAUCCGCGGGGCUCGCUGGAUCUUGGGCGGCAUCUGCACGACACGGGCCUUAUUCGGAUCGGCGAAGAUGAGACACUUGGCGGGGUCUGCGGCGAAUCCGGGUCGCACCAUGCACACAGCUCUUGUACGGAUACAGCAGGUACGGGACCCAGCUCAGCAUCCAGUGGUGCGGGUCUUGUCGUACGGCAGUCGUCCGCUCGCGGCAGCGACGGUGGCGGCGGCGCCGUCAGCAGCAUCGGUGGAGGCGGUGUCGUACGAAGUGGCAGUUUGACGCAACGACGCGGCCUGCCGCCGCCAGCGGUCCUUCCCAGCGGAGGGCGUCGGGCCUGGCCGCCGCUGCCGUACCCGACGUCGGCGACGUCGACGACUCUUGAACGGGGGCCGCCAGGCAUGUACGACACAGGCCCUUCGCCGUCGACGGCCGUUGCUACCGUUUCUGUGCUGGGAGGUACGCGCCAUGCAUUAGGGUUGGCACCGGUUGGUGGCGAGCAUAACCUGGAUGGUACGGCACGUUUCGGCAGCGGCGGAUACGCUGAAAACGGCGUCGCUGGCUGCGAUGCCCAAGACGAGGCGAAGCGGCCGCAUGCAGUCCGUGCACUCCAGCCCAACCGCAGCCCGAACCGGAAAGUCCAGAACUUGUUUCUAGGGCCCCAGCCGCUGCCUCCGCACCUGGAAACCGCACCCGGUAGCGGAUCCGGCUCCUCCGGGUCCGCUGGCGGCGGCGCCGCGACGAGCGUCGUACGAUUCGUCGCUGGCGGCGGCAACGGAAGGCGGAGCAGCUCCGUAGAUGCGCCACGCAACAGCGCGGGGCGCAUCCUCUUCGGAUCUAACGGCGGACCCGUGGGUCCGGAGAGCCUUCCCGUUUCGGACUUCACCCUUCAAGGGCUGCUCAACUCCCACACAGGCGUCUCGUCUAGCGGCGGCACAUUGCCGCCGACAGGCGGCAGCGGUGGAACCGCGGCAAGCGCUAGCGCCAGCGCCGCCGGCGGCACCGGUGGCGGCGGCGUCAUGGGUGUCGUACUUAUGGGCGGUAUCCAGGGCUCAUCGCGGCAAAUUGCUAGCGGCGGAAGUGGCCGCAGCUCCAAUAGCAAUCCCUCGCUGAUGUCUCUCACCGACGUCACGCUGGGGCACAUGUUGCCGCUUCCCUCGGCAGCUGCCGUCGCCAGCGGCAACGGCAACUUGAGCAACGCGGGUGCACUGCUCACGCGCGGGGGAACCACGGUAAGCUCCCAUAGCAGUAAUCCCGGCGGCGCGGCGGCGGUGCUGCAAGCCCGUAGCACGGCUGGUACGACGAGCCAUACUCGUAAGGGCGGCAGCGGCGGGGACACGACAUCCGGCUCUGUUGCGACUGCUGGUGGUGGUGGUGGUGGUGGUGGUACCACGGCGGCGACGUCAAUGGUUAGCAGCGGACAGCGCAUUGAGGGGGCUCAAACGCUGGCGUUGAUGACGGGUUCUGGUACGGCGUCGCGUGGGGGGUUGGCGACAGCAGCAGUCGGUAUGUUGGCUUUGCAUGGGGACAUGUGCAGCUCUGGCGGGGGUGGUGCGAGCACCAGUGCAAAUGGACACCACAUCGCGUGCGGCGCCGGAAGCAGCAGCCGGCUGCGUUUCAUGAGCGCUGGCAGCGGCGCCGGCGGCGGCGGAGGUCAAAGUGGGAGUGGUGCGCUUUCUGCAAGGAGCGGUCUACGGCCCUCCCUGCCUGAGGUUCUGGCCACAACGGCUGCGGUUGCAGCCGCUGCCGGGGGUGGUUCGGCUCCGCUGCCGGAAGCCAACAGUUUCAGCCUGGCCAAGCAAGCUAGCCUGCUGCACUUCCAGCAGUUGCAGCCGGUGACCCAUGGGUCGGCGACGGCGCAACAUGACGCACACUCGACGUCGGCGACUGGGCAGCGACAACAACGGUCAACGGCAACGUCUCGCAGCAGUUGGUUUGGUAGCCUUAUGCGUCGGGGAUCAACUGCCGGAACCCAUUACAGUAUCGGCGUUGGCAUGGGCAUUGCUGAUAGUCGUCGGAUUAGCUGCGAUGCGCCUGCGCCUGCACCAUUGUACGGCAUCAAUGGCAGUACGACAAGUAGUGUUGGCGGCGGCGUCGGCAGCAGCAACAUGCAUGUUUCCGAGGAGGCUCACACGCAGCAGCUCUCCCGUCACCUCGUGGACGACACUGCGCGACUGUCUCCCAUGCUGGGUAUGAUGCAUGGACUGCGACGGCGGCUUAAGAGGGGUAUCAAGAGCCUAAGCGGCAAGGGAGGCGGUGAGGGGGCAUCGAGGUUGAGUAGCUCGGGUGAAAGGCUCGACCCCAGCAAGUGAGCUGCGUGUGGGACGGCGCUGGGGAGCGGGGGUGUUGGGCCCCGUCUGUUGCAGCUACAGGUAUGCAUGUCUUGGGGUUGCUGCUGCAAGGAGGUGUUGUAAACAAAUGUGUGAGCGGCGUUUGUGUACAUUGCACUUGGCCCCGUAUUGGGGUCUGCGACCGGUGUAAUGCCUUUGGAAAACUCAAGUCGGGAGGAUGAAGGUCCGGCGCAAAGACGGCCGGGCUAGGAUGCAAUGCGUAGCGUACGGCUGCAGCGCUUAUCUGGGAUAAAAGUAACGGGCACAUGGCCACCAUUGUAUGCGUCAUUACCUGCGCAACCGCGUCACAUGUUGCUUUUUUUAUUAAUUUACAAGCCCCUACGUGGGUGACGGUGUCCCAUGGCGACGCUGUUGUAGGAGAUAGUACGGCUGUGUUAGUCUGGAACGGUUGAUGGGUGCCACGCACAUUGCGCCGCAAGCCCCGUUCGUGGCAGCAAUUCCUGUAGUUGCUCGGGUGCAUGAGGCAGGGGACAAACAGCUGGAAAUAGAAACAUCCUAAAUGUGAAAUCUGAGGUCUGAGGCUGUGGUCAUAGUGGUUAAUCAGACGCAUGUGAAAAUUAGAGAGGGACGGUAGUUGUUUGGGAUUAUCCUGCAGUUGUUACCGUUUCUACGAUGUAUCCUGAAGCAUCUGAAGUACGAGAGGUCCCAGUUUCCAAGGAACCUAAUCUGUUCGGAGAAUUGAGGAGUUUUGGCACAUGUUCCCUCCUUGUUGCGUGCUCCCUUGGCUGUGUAGGUGCAGCCCACUGUUGUGUUGUACAGGCUAUGACGCCUAGCCGUACACAUUUACCGCCUCCCUUGUUGGGGUUUAACAAUGCAACAAUGUUAUGUCGGCAUUCUAACGUGUGCCUGACGGCUGAAAUAACCUGAACCUGAAGUAAUUCAGUCGUGCUCUACGUGGUAAAGUCUGCCAUACAUUUUGAAUAGGCUCAGUCUUGUGGUGUCAUCUUUUUUACCGUUGCUAGUUUUGUGGGUAUGCUGCGGGUGUCGUAUUCAUUGAUGAAAUUCAACCUUGAACGUCGCAAAUCGACUGUCAGUACGGGACGCAGCUUCGGAUUAGGGAUGCGGGGUAUACAAACAGGGUAUUGAUUACAAUUGCCAGGGACGCUCUUAUAGGCUUGUUUUUCUUUCAAAGUUGUCAAUAAAGUAAACUCAUGGGUGUAAAUGCCUUCUAUGAUUGCAGUUAUGGCUUUUCCGUCCACAAUAUGCAUGUUGGUUGCUGCUGCAGCUCUCCUGCUGCCGCCUUGCUUGCAGUACGGCGUACGAUGUGGGCGCUGGCGGUGCUGCCAUUCCCGAAUUUCCAUUGAUGACGGCCGCGACGGUCAUGCGGGAUGUAGAAGCUGCAUGCUUGUUAGGCUUAAGCGGCACGCGGGUCUUGCUGUGGGGAGUGUGUUUGUGGGUUGGGAGGGCGUGUGCGUGGGGGGAAGGGGGCAACCAUGUGUCGCGCGCCAGUGUGUCCGGUG